GGGUCAGGGGGCAGCAAUAUGGCUGCGCCCACGCGUACCCGGGAGGGACGGCUGGAGCCGGGGAGUUAGCCUAGUUCUAUGCUGUGCUGUUCUGUACUGUCCUGUGCUGUCCCGUCUGAGGGGGGCCGUGGCGUGGCGUGGCGCCGCCUCCGCAUGGAGCCGCGGGAGUCGUGGGCGGCCUUGGCGGCUGGUGGAGUUGCUGGUGUCUGCGUUGACUUGAUCCUGUUCCCACUGGAUACUGUGAAAACCAGACUGCAGAGUCCCCAAGGAUUUAGGAAGGCUGGUGGCUUUCGUGGCAUCUAUGCUGGUGUUCCUUCCACUGCUAUAGGAUCAUUUCCAAAUGCGGCUGCAUUUUUUAUCACCUAUGAAUAUGUGAAAUCUCUGCUGCAUCGUGGCUCUGCAUCAUACCUGACCCCAGUAACACACAUGGUGGCUGCCUCCUUUGGAGAAAUGGUUGCAUGCCUCAUACGGGUUCCAUCUGAGGUCAUCAAGCAAAGGGCCCAAGUUUCUCCUUCCUCUAGUACCUUUCGGAUUCUCUCCCACACCUUAUAUCAUGAGGGUAUUCAAGGACUUUAUCGGGGAUAUAAAAGCACAGUAUUAAGAGAGAUUCCUUUCUCUCUGGUACAAUUUCCGCUCUGGGAAUCCUUAAAGGAUCUCUGGUCAUGGAAGCAGGGUCACGUGGUGGAUUCUUGGCAGUCAGCAGUCUGUGGAGCUUUUGCAGGUGGAUUUGCAGCUGCAGUCACCACACCUCUAGAUGUAGCAAAGACGAGAAUUAUGUUGGCAAAGGCUGGUUCCACCAAUGCAAGCGGGAAUGUUCUGACUGCUCUCAGUGGCAUCUGGAGGACACAAGGCCUAUCAGGAACACAUGCAUUUGAUCUGCAUCCUUGGCAUGCACAACAUCCUGUGGCAGAGAGUACCACAGUUUUACCUGAAGAUGUGUGCAUCACCCGUUCUGAGACAUCAGAGAAGGCCAGCAUGGGAGCCACAUGUCCAUGCUUGUUUGCAGGUGUCGUCCCGCGGAUGACAGCGAUCAGCCUCGGAGGCUUCAUCUUCCUGGGCACGUACGAGAAGACUCGGCAACUGCUGCUCUAACCCAGGCCGAGGAUUCCUGCGAGGGGUCACGGAAGAGCCGGCGAAGCCACUGGCCCGGAGAAGGGAUCUGCCUGGGAGCGCAGACUUCCUGCUGCCGCCCCUGCGCUGCACUCCGGCAGCUGUGCGGCAGUCUGAGUGCCACUUUCGCUGUUAAAGAAAAAUGUAAAUCCUCAAAUAAUCCAAUUUCCCAAACAUGAAAUUGUCCUGCAUGGAAA